UUGGCCCUCACACUAGAGGAUUUAUUCUUUGGUAAAGAGUGCCGGUUUAGGAUUACGAGAUCGUAUCUCUCUGGUAUCAGAGAAACCAUCGUGCUCGACGUGCACAUUCCGCCUGGCUGUGAGGAUGGCACAAGCUUCGUCUUCACGAACGUCGGACACCAACGCAGGGACGGUUCCUUCCAGGAUAUCGUCUUCGUUGCACAGGAAGUUGCCCACGACGCCUUUGCUCGUGUCGGACAAGAUCUCCUCAUGAAGGUCCAGGUGCCUUGGUCAGAAAACCUUCAGCGAAAGGAUGGGCGUAUACAUUUCACUGGCCUGGACAACACGACACUAUCUGCUCGUAUUAGCUAUGGGAAGGAGAAAAGGCGACAUGGUCAGUACAAGAUAAAGGACGGAGGUAUGCCGAUCCUACUGGACGGGCAGGUAGUCGCAAGGGGAGACCUGAUUGUACAGUGCGUUCACAUUCCACGCUUAUCAUUAGUAUUUUUACUUAUCUUUACUAUUAGCUGGGAAAUCACGCGUCCCCAUCACCGUUCAGGAUGGUCUGCAAUGAAAUCAUGGCUAGGAAUGUAA